CGUUUCGCAUGCGAACAGCUGCUUGGCAUGUGAACCGGGAAGUAAGCAAACGUCGUUAAAACUAAAUCCAUUGUUUACGCAGUGCUUUACCCACUUAUGGGUAUCACCUAUAUAAAUAAAAGCUUGUCACCACGGAGCUUCGAUAGCCAGCUGAUAACUGCGAACGCUGCACCAAAGUGGAAAGUGGGCGAAACACACUUCCAAGGUCAGCCCUACAUAUAGAGCUACCAACACAGGCGAUCGCCAAUAUAAGCACAACUACAUCGAUUGCCUAAAGAUUUCGAAGAUAUCGAAUGGUGAAUGGUCAGCGCACUUCGGCAAUCGAUUUGUGCAGAAUGCAGAUACUCUGCCACCGUUGUUAGGAAAAGACCUCUGAGCUGCUAAACGAGAAGAGAAGACUGCUCAAGAGAUGGGCUGUGACGAGAAGCGAGAGCCUGCCGGCGGCAGACUUCGGGUGCAGGACAUUCCGGCCCUCAUUCAGGACCAUUGCCGCAUGCGGAACCCGGCGAAGGUGGAGCGCAUCAUCAACGAGCUGGUCUUCGGCGGACCAGAGCGCAUGCAGAUCGUAUCCGACUUCGACUACACCAUCACAAAGCAGCGCAUGGAGGACGGUGGAGCUGUGCCCUCCAGUUUCGAGAUCUUCAACUCCUGUCAGUCGCUGCCGAAGAACUUCAAGGCGGAGACGGACAAGCUGUACCACAAGUACCGGCCCAUCGAGAUCGAUCCCCACAUGCCCAUCGCCGUGAAGGUGAAGUACAUGAUCGAGUGGUGGACCAAGUCUGGCGAGCUCGCCAGCGGCUUCCCUUUCGACCAGUCGGAAAUAGAUCAGAUAGCCAGCAAGUAUAAGCAUGCGCUACGUGACGGAACCCACGAGUUCUUUGCGGACCUCCAGCGCUUGAACAUCCCCACGCUGGUCUUCUCCGCCGGCCUGGGCAACUCGGUGGUCUCUGUGCUCCGCCAGGCCAACGUUUUGCAUCCGAAUGUAAAGGUAGUCUCCAACUUCCUUCAGUUUAGGGAUGGCGUUCUUGAUGGCUUUCAGCAGCCGAUGAUUCACACCUUCAACAAGAACGAAACCGUGCUGAAUGAGUCCAGCGAGUAUUACGACCUGGUGCACACCAGGGACCACAUCAUAGUCAUGGGGGACUCCAUUGGGGAUGCGGACAUGGCCUCCGGGGUGCCUGCCUCCUCGCACAUCAUGAAAAUCGGCUUCCUCUUCCACCACGUCGAAGCCAACAUGGAAAAGUACAUGGACACCUUCGACAUAGUGCUCGUCGAUGACCAGACCAUGGACGUGCCCAGAACCCUGCUCGCCCUCAUCGAGAAGCAGCACAAGCUGAACAUGGAGGCCGCCAAGCAGAGUUCGCUGUAAUUUCCGCAGGCAGUUCCUGAAUUUGGUCUGAAAUGUACUCUUUCAUUAGUUGCUAACCGAAACACAACAGAAGCUACUAAUUAGUUGGUUUAGGCUUAAACAUUUUACUCAUCUUAACGAAUGAUUGUAUACAUCCACGGACUCAAAUCAUAUUAAAGACAACGUUGUGCAUUGCAAAGGAAA